AAAACCGCUUUAGUUUUAACUGUUAAAAUUUAAGUGUUAAUUGGCCAUGUCUGGCCACUGCAGGUCUCUUGCCCUUUAAACAGAUUUCACUCAAACGCAAGCAGCCAGCGAUGGGUUGACGGUUGGACUGGAUGAUCUUAGUCUUGUCGAACCAUACGGAUUCUAUGAUUCUUUACAAGUCACAUACAUAACAGCUUGCGCCGUUUAUCGGUGCUCCCACGCAGGAAGCACUGCGAGGAAGCUCCGCUAUCUGGCGAAUUUGUCCCUCGGCGGCACCCGUUGCGGGGCGGGGCUAAGAUGGCGGCGCCCAGUCGGUAGCUCACGCGUCGGGUGUGUGCACCGGGAGCCGGCACAAUGUCGGGCCGCCAGGGGAACAAGCUGCCCAGCAACCUGCCUCAGCUGCAGAACCUCAUCAAGCGCGACCCCACGUCCUACACCGAAGAGUUCCUCCAGCAGUACCACCACUAUCAGUCCCAUGUGGAGAUCUUCACCUUCCAGCCGGAUAAGCCCAACAAGGAGCUGGCGGAGCUGGUGAUGUUCCUGGCGCAGGUUGCCCACUGCUACCCAGAACAAAUGGCCAACUUCCCCCAGCAGCUGAAGGAGCUGCUCUCUUACCACCACACGGUGCUGGAUGCCGACCUUCGAAUGACCUUUUGUAAGGCUUUGAUGUUGUUAAGAAACAAGAACCUGAUCAAUCCAACGAGUUUGCUGGAGCUCUUCUUUCAGCUGCUGAGAUGUCACGAUAAGCUUCUACGAAAAACUCUGUAUACUCACAUUGUGACAGACAUCAAGAAUGUAAAUGCUAAACACAAGAACAAUAAAAUAAAUACGACACUGCAGAACUUCAUGUAUACUAUGUUGAGAGAUAGCAAUCCAACUGCUGCCAAGAUUUCUCUGGAUGUGAUGAUUGAACUUUACAGAAGGAAUAUUUGGAAUGAUGCCAAAACUGUAAAUGUCAUCACAACUGCCUGUUUUUCCAAAGUGACAAAGGUAUUAGUUGCUGGUUUGAAGUUCUUCCUUGGGAAGGAUGAAGAUGAGAAUCAAGAGAGUGACUCAGAUUCUGAGGAUGAUGGCCCCACAGCCAGAGAUCUGAUGGUACGGUAUGCAACUAGCAAGAAAACCAGCAAGCGCAAGAAGAAACUGGAAAAGGCAAUGAAGGUUCUCAAGAAACACAAGAAGAAAAGCAAGCCAGAGGUAUUCAACUUUUCUGCUAUUCACUUGAUUCAUGAUCCCCAAGAUUUUGCAGAGAAACUACUGAAGCAGCUGGAGAACUGUAAGGAACGAUUUGAAGUGAAGAUGAUGCUCAUGGACCUAAUAUCUAGGCUAGUUGGAAUACAUGAGCUUUUUCUUUUUAAUUUCUACCCCUUCAUUCAGAGAUUCCUGCAGCCCCAUCAGAGAGAAGUGACAAAGAUUCUCCUGUUUGCUGCACAUGCUUCACACCAGCUAGUACCACCUGAGAUUAUCCAAUCAGUUUUGAUGACCAUUGCCAACAACUUUGUCACUGAUAAGAAUUCCGGAGAGGUCAUGACUGUAGGAAUCAAUGCAAUAAAAGAAAUCACUGCAAGAUGUCCAUUAGCCAUGACUGAAGAUCUCCUCCACGACCUUGCUCACUACAAGACUCAUAAAAAUAAAAAUGUGAUGAUGUCUGCAAGAACUCUGAUACACCUCUUCCGUUCACUGAAUCCAGAGAUGCUGCAGAAGAAAUACCGGGGUAAACCUACUGAGGCCUCAGUGGAAGCCAGGAUUCAUGAAUAUGGAGAACUGGAUGCCAAGGACUACAUUCCAGGGGCAGAAGUACUGGAGGUUGAGAAUCAAGAGGAAAAAGGAGAAAACCAAGAAGAAGAUGGAUGGGAAAGUGCUAGUAUGAGUGAGGAGGAUGACGGUGAGGAUGGAGAGUGGAUUGACGUGCACCACUCUUCAGAUGAGGAACAGCAAGAAGUGGCAGAGAAGAUCAAAAGCAUGCCCAUGGAGGAACGAAAAGCUAAAGCUGCAGCAGUCAGUACAAGUAGGCUGCUAACUCAGGAAGAUUUCCACAGAAUACGUCUUGCCCAGCUCUCCAGAGAAAUCAAUUCUGCACCAGGCAAAGCUGCAAAGAGGAAGAAUAUUGAAAUAGAUGAUGAAGAGGAGAGCAGAGGAGAGUUGCUUUCACUCAGAGAUAUUGAACAUCUCCAUAAGAAGCCGAAGUCAGACAAGGAGACAAGACUGGCAACUGCAAUGGCUGGAAAAACCGAUAGAAAAGAAUUUGUGAAAAAGAAAAAAAGAUUGAAUCCCUUUGCCAGCUCAACCAAUAAAGAAAAGAAAAAGCAGAAGAACUUUAUGAUGAUGAGAUAUAGCCAUAAUGUCCGGACCAAAAAUAAGCGUUCUUUCAGGGAAAAACAGCUGGCUCUUAGAGAUGCACUUCUGAGGAAGAAGAAGCAGCUGCUGAAAUAAAACAGUAAAGGAAAGGAAUAGUUAUCCUUGAAGAAACAACUCUAGAAAUACUUUUCUCCUCUCUCAAAGAAGUAGGGGGGGAAGAAAAGAACUGAAUUGCCUUGUGGAUUCAUUUUGAUAUCUCUCUACUCUGUUCAGAAUUAGAAAUCAAACGCUGCCAAAUUGGAUAUUGCAUCUAUAGGACACUGAGGAGGCCUUAAUCCUCGUAGGAUUUUGAUUUUUAAUCACCUUUCCUAGAGUGCUUUACCUUUUUAUUGAAAAUAAUUUAUUUACGGCUGUUUUGUGUAAGUAUGAAUUAAAACAUACAAUUUUAUUAUAAAAAAUAUUUUUCUUGAUUAAAUAAAUGAAGAGGUAAUUGGAAGGAAAAUGAAUAUUCCAGCUCACCCCUUGAAGUGCGUGUAUAUGUAAUGUGUAUGCCUGACUUAUGGGUGUGAUUUCAUAGACUUAGCAAGCCAUUUCCAAAGAGGUUGGUUUUUUACUCAUUUGUUCAUGAUAAAACCAAAUUAAGGGGAAGAACUGCUUCACUAUAGUGUAUUAGGGGAAAAAAGAAUGAAGUUAAUAUAGAAGAAGGAGGCUUACACAUUCCCAUUUAAACAGAAGUAUCACAUGGAGGCAAAAGAAGGUAUCUUAUUUUCCUCUAUCAGUAAGUACAUCAUGUGGUGGGAGUUGCUUCUGUUUGAUUUUUUUGAAGUGUGUAUGAGAACAACACUGAUUAGUGGGUUCUUUACCUUGAUGUAAAGGUUGAACUGCUUCAGCCUUAGCUUUGGCUUGGAGUGCUACUAGCUGUUCUGUCACCCACCCAUUUCCAUGAUAACUGAGUUACUUACACUAUCCUUUGUGAAGCUCUGCUCCCCUUAGUGAGGAGAAGUGUCAUGCACAGUGUAAUAGAGAAGCAGCUGGGGUGUUUUUUUUUUUUUCCUUUAAGAAGCUAGACUGUUUAUAUUCCAUACCAGAAUUCAUUUGGCAUAGGUGUUUAUGUUAAAGACCCAGUUGUAUCGAUUGGAAUUCUUACG